AUGCCCCACCGUUGCCGUGGCGUUUGCUUCUUGCUUGCAUGUCUUUGGUGCUGCCACCCCUGGAGUUUCACCGCGCCAAAGGGGGCGCCGCCGGCACCGUCGCUGAAGACCUUGUGGGAUGGGCUUUGGGAUCGAGCCGUGCCGGUGGGUGAAGAUGACAGCAACAUCGGUGCCAACGACGUGUUGCGAUCCUUCAAGAGAACUUUGGACGAGGAUUUGUUUCAAGAGGUGGAAAUGGAUGGGGUGCCGGUGUCCUCAAGCACUGUGACAGGCAGCAACUUUUUCGAGAAGCAGAUGGAGGUUUUUAAGGAAAAUGGUCCUGCCGUGGUCUCCAACUUCGGGCCCUUGAAGACUCUCAGCAUCUCUGAUCCCAUGAUGAUCAAGCACGCCCUGGGCCAGCGGGGCAGCUUCGGCAAGGGGCUGCUGGCGCUUGUGGCGGAGGACAUUUUUGGAAAGGCGCUGAUCACGGCCUCCGACCCGGAGCUUUGGCAGAGCAGAAGGGCAGCCACAAGUGCAGGAUUUCAUUCCCAGUGGCUGCGUAGUCUGACGGCGGACUUUGUGAAUUGCACCGUGCAAGCCAUGAAACUGCUGGAUGAGAGAGUGAACUACAAGGAGGUGGUGGACAUGGAGAGUUUCUACUUGAACCUGGCCCUGGACGCCGUGGGUCUUACCAUCUUCGGCGUGGAGUUCGAAGCGUCCGACCAGCCGCCCAACCGCCCGCAGUCGCCCAUCGUUCAGGCAGUCUACCGCUUGUUGAAGGAGACGGAUUACCGCCAGGCGGAUCCCAGCAAUUUGCUGCUGAUGGGUGCCCCAGAUCUGCUGGCAGAAGUGGCCGCCCCCCGGGUUGCGGAGUACAGGCGCAGCAUGAAACAGAUCAACGAGGUCCUCAACGAGGCUAUCUCCCAGGCGCUGGAGCAGCAGCAGCUGGCGACAGAGCAGGACUUGCGACGACGCUCGGGAGGAACACUGCUGCAAUUCAUUGUGGAUUUGCGAGACAACCAAGCCAGCCGAGCUCAACUGCAGGACGACAUGCGCACCGUGUUGAUCGCUGAGCACGAAACAGUGGCCAGCGUUCUGACUUGGGCUACCUAUGAGCUGGCCAAGAAUCCACGCAUCGCGCAGAAGGUCAAAGAGGAGGUGCAGAAUGUCUUGGGUGGCCGGAGCCCAACCUACCAAGAUGUGAAGGAGUUGAAAUAUCUCCGGUGGGUCAUUACUGAGACCUUGCGGAUGUAUCCGGCGCCUCCAUUUCUGGCACGGAGUCCUUUGAAGGACUUGGAUCUGCCGAAUGGAGAAAACCAAACCGUCCGAUUGUCGCGGGGGUCCUUGCUGAUGAUCCAACUGGCUCAACUGCACCGCCAUCCCGGGAUCUACGAGCGGCCCAACGAGUUUUGGCCUGAACGGUGGCAAAAAGCUUUCAACGGCACCGGUGAAUAUCCAGUUCCAGGCUGGCGUGGCUACGACCCGCAGCGGGUCACCGGGCUCUAUCCGACCGAGGUGGCCACGGAUUACGCCUUCGUUGGUUUCGGUGGAGGCGAAUUCAAAUGCGUUGGAGACCAAUUUGCCAUGCUGGAAGCCACCGUGAUGCUGUCUAUGCUGCUGCAGAGGUAUGAUUUCCAGAUGGUCUACGAAGACCUCAACACCAUUGGCCUUGAUUUGGCCGCCACCAUCCAUACCAAGCGUGGUUUGCUGACGCGCGUGUCGCAGAGCAAUUGCUACACAGAGUAA